AAAAAAAUUAAGUAAUUUUAAGUUUGUCUCAAUCGAAAAAUGGUUCGGAAGCCGUUUGAUCAUCACCCGAAGCAGAAGUUUAAGAAGGGUUUGUGGUCUCCCGAUGAAGAUCAAAGGCUGAGAAAUUAUGUGCUCAAAUACGGCCAUGGCUGCUGGAGUUCGGUUCCGACCAAUGCUGGUUUACAGAGGAAUGGAAAGAGCUGUAGAUUAAGGUGGAUUAAUUAUCUAAGGCCUGGAUUAAAGCGUGGGGCAUUUAGUUUAGAAGAGGAGGAGACAAUCCUGACCCUUCAUCAAAUUUUAGGCAACAAGUGGUCUCAGAUAGCACAGCAUUUACCUGGAAGAACAGAUAACGAGAUAAAAAACCACUGGCACUCUUACCUCAAGAAAAGAGGGCACCACGCCACAGUUAAAAAUGAAGUCCAGGUUAAAGUUGAAAAUGAAACCAUCAAUGGAGAACUAAUCCAAGUUCUAGAACAUUCACCUCCGUCGCUCGAGUUUGUUCCCCACAAUUCCGGCUUAGAAUCUUUUAAAAACCCAGAAUCGUUAAUAAACGACACAAACGAGCAGAAAACAAAUCAGUCGAGUGGACCAAAAUGCAAUUUACCCAAAGUUCUCUUUGCCGAGUGGCUUUCAGUCGACCAUUUUCCUGUCCACGACACAGGAAGCUUAAGUUCAGACAGCUCAGCUGACUUUAAACACACGAUCGAAAACAAUUCAAGUUCCGAAGAUUCUUGGAAUCUUCUCAACGAGCAACCUAACGGGGUCAUGGUUGAUGAUUAUGGGUUUCAAUUCUCAUCGUUCGGUUAUUUCUCUGAAAAUGCUGCAGUCGAUAAUUUUUCGGGACCUUUCAGCAUAAACUGUGAUGGCAUGUAUAUGUGAAUGAUGAUAAAUUGAGCAAGUUCAGGGAAGAAUAAUUUAUAAAUUUCAUUUUUAAUUUUUUUUUUAACUAUGAAAUUAGCAUAAAACGAGUGUCAUGUUAUUGUAGGUAAUAGUUAGUGGUUAUUCUUCCAUUGAAGUUGCUUUUCCUUUACUUGUCAGGCAUUUUCAGGAUCAGAUGACUGUUAUUAUGUAAUAAAUAAGUUCAUCAAUGAAAAUAUGUUCGUUC